AUACUAUUGUAACCUGAAACUUAGGCGGCAGCAAACAAAAUAUACAAAACUGCAAACAUCCAUGUUGUUGUAAGGGGCAAAGCUGAUGAAUCAAUUAUUGAUGUCAGACGCAGAAGCUAGAAAUUGCUGCUUCAAGUGGAAUCUCUUUUGAAAAUGAAACUCAAACAUCUUUGCAACGUUGCUCUUCACCCACCCGCGACACCCAUCCUUACCUGUUACUGACCUUAUUCUCGAUAUCAAGUUGCUCAUAAUUCAAGAUGCUUGUGAUACGAAAGCUGAAAGCAGGACCAAAUCUCCCCUCUGUUUUAUGUUUUAUGAUCGCUAAUUGCACAAGUAUGCAGUCUAUUGUGAAGUCUGUUGGCCCUUGUUUAGCCAACUCAAGUUCAAAGGCACUUCUACUUGGAUUUGAGAAUAAAUUCUUCCUUCAAAGAUUAUAUAUCUCAAGUAUGGCUGAACGAUUCCUGGUGCAGGCUCAAGACCCUGCCAAAGUUACUAUAGAUAUACAAAAUGCCAUCAAUUGCAACCAAUUAGAUUAUUCUUGGAAAUUACUUGAGCAGCAUAAGCACAUGGAGGGAUUUCCUAGAAAAUCUCUCUUCAACUUGGUUAUAACUAGUUAUGUGGAAACCCUUGAUAUUGAAUGGCUAGAAAAAGCUUAUGAAUUGGUACAUCGUGCCGGUGAAGAUGGUAAACAAGACUUGUUAGAGAAGGAGGUGCUUAUCUACCUUAGCUUUGGCCUCGCGAAAGUCAGACUACCAGUUAUGGCGUCGACCAUUUUAAGAAAGAUGAUUGAUAUGGAGCAUUUUCCUCCUGUUACUGCUUGGUCUGCAGUUUUGGCUCACAUGUCACAAACAGCAGAGGGAAGUUUCCUUGCUGCUGAGCUAAUUCUUGAAAUAGGUUAUUUAUUCCAAAAUAACAGAGUGGAUCCUCGUAAAAAGAAUAAUGCACCUUUGAUUGCCAUGAAACCAAACACCAAUGCAUUUAAUAUUGCGUUGGCAGGGUGUCUUGUAUUUGAGAAAUCUAGGAAGGCAGAGCAGCUUCUUGAUAUGAUGCCUCGAAUUGGUGUCAAAGCUGACGCAAACUUACUGAUAACAAUGGCUCGUGUAUAUGAGAGAAAUGGGCGGAGAGAAGAGCUUAUGAAGCUGCAGAGGCACAUAGAGGAAGCUUCCAACUUAACUGAUAUACAGUUCCGACAGUUCUAUAAUUGUUUGCUUACAUGCCAUUUGAAAUUUGGGGAUCUUGAUUCCGCAUCCAGCAUGGUUUUGGAAAUGCUUAGAAAAGCAAAGGAAGCAAGAAAUUCUCUUGCAUCUGCCAAAUUCUUGGUUGAUGCAGCUAAAAUUGAUCACAACUAUUCUCCUAGACCAGCUUCUGUACAUAGUUUGAGCAACAGUAAAGAUUUGGAGAUUGUCAAAGAUGACCAGCUGAUAAGAAAUGUUAUCGUAUCUUAUGAGGAGUUCUCCAAAGAUCGAAACUUCUUAAAACUUGAAGCGGAGUCCAAAGCUGUUCUUGGCUCUUUAUCUGCUAAAUUGCAGAUGCAGGUCGAUUUGAUUACAACCGUACAUGGUAUACUGCAACCAACUGAAACAAUUUAUGUGAAAUUAGUUAAAGCUUUUUUAGAAUCUGGUAAGACUAAGGACUUGGCAGUGUUUCUUCUCAAGGCAGAAAGAGAAGACUCCCCAUUUUCCAAUGACAAUUCAGCCUUGGUUCAUGUUAUUAAUUCGUGCAUAUCACUUGGAUGGUUGGACCAAGCUCAUGAUCUCCUUGAUGAGAUGCGUCUAGCUGGAGUUAGAACCGGUUCAUCUGUAUAUGCUUCUCUUUUGAAAGCAUAUUGUGUAGCAAAUAGGACAGCAGAUAUCACGUCACUUCUGAGAGAUGCUAGGAAGGCUGGUAUACAGCUUGACUCGAGCUCUUAUGAGGCAAUGAUCCAAUCCAGGGUGCUCGAGGAAGACACACAGGGAGCACUCCAACUUUUUAAAGAAAUGAAAGAAGCUAGGAUCCCAAAAGUUAGUCUACAAUGCUCAGGUAUGCUGGCUAAAAGUGUUACAGAGAAAGACGAAGCUGCACUGAUGACAAAGCUGGUGCAGGAAAUCAAAGACGGACAGAAAGUGGAUUGUGGAGUUCAUGACUGGAAUAAUGUAAUCCACUUCUUUUGUAAGAAGAGAUUAAUGCAAGAUGCAGAAAAGGCUCUAAAGAAGAUGAGAAGCUUAGGUCAUUCACCUAAUGCACAAACUUUCCAUUCUAUGGUUACUGGGUAUGCUGCUGUUGGGGGGAAAUAUCUGGAGGUAACAGAGCUAUGGGGUGAGAUGAAAGGGCUUGCUUCUUCAUCCUCCAUUAAGUUUGAUCAGGAACUUCUGGAUGCUGUGUUGUAUACAUUUGUGAGGGGUGGAUUUUUCAUUCGUGCCAAUGAAGUUGUGGCAAUGAUGGAAAAAGGAAAAAUGUUUAUUGACAAAUACAAAUACAGAAUGCUAUUCUUGAAAUAUCACAGAACACUUUAUAAAGGCAAGGCUCCGAAAUUUCAGACAGAAUCACAACUAAACAAAAGGGAAGCAGCCCUGAUUUUUAAAAGGUGGAUAGGUAUGAUUUGAGAAAGUGUCCAUCAAAGAUUAGCUCUUUUAGGUUUCAAGGCACCAUCUUCUUGACUAUAUGAAGUUAAAUUUCUUUUUCUCCUUUAGAUUUAGAUUUGUUGGAGAAACACUAAUGUACUACCUGUGUGAACAAAACAACACACUAUUUUAUGUAAAAUAUUCAAACUUCAUUACUAUUAUUUUUAGGUAACAAAUAGAAGAGUCUGCGACCUAUACCACCACAUAACAUAAGUGGUGGAGGUUGUUGUUGUGGAAACACAUCCAUCCAUGACUGUUGAUCCACUAGAAGCAAUCUAUACCAAUAACACAGUGGAUAGCAUGCACAACUGAAAUAGUGGUGGUACAUUAGCUGAGUAUUGCCAAUAUACCCUUCAUCAUCCCCCACCCCCCUGCACCCUCACCUUACUCGGGGUGUUAAAAAAACUGCGAACCGAACUGAAGUUAUAAUAACCGAACCAUUAUGUUUGGUUAAUAAACCGAACCUGUGUUGCACAAGCGGUU